UUAAUUAAUCGCCGAUAGCUUAUGUUGUUUUGUGGCGUAUUCUUGGUGGCCGUAAAAUCAGAUUACCCAUUUCUGCAACCUUUCUUCUUUCUACUCGGUUAAAAAAUUUAUUUCUGUUACUUUUCAAUCCCGCCAUUAAACCCCAACUCCUCUUCCUCCUCCUCCUCCUCCUCACAAAUUUUCUCUUCUUCCUUUAAUUCACUUUUUUAUUCCCUUUUCUUCUUUCUUCUCUCUUCCAUCUCUUUUCCCCCCAUUUCUUUUUUUACUUUCUUACAAACUUACUUCCAGGGAUGAACUUCAUUAUUUUGAGUUUUGCCAGAACGAAGUCAGCUGUCUCACAACGUGUUCUAUAGUCCCCCCUCUUGACUCUGGGAUUAUUUCAUGGUGUUCUUUUGUUUUGAUCUUAUUGCAUAUUUGUCUCCUGCUCAGAAAUUUACAUCUGGGUCUAUCACUGUUUGGAUCUCUGAUGAUAAGGCAGCUGCUGAUUGAACCAACAUUUCUGUUGAUCGUUUUUCCUUUAUAAAACCCUAGUUUUCAAAAGGCGUUGCUUCGAAUCAGGUUCUGUUUCUUGAUUGGUUCUUGAAACUUGUAGCGAUGGAUUGUGGAAGAAGAUUUGGAUUGCUGUUCUGGAUUUUGUUCAUUUCCUUGCUGCCUUUUAUUUCUUGCGUGUUUAAUCCGGUAGAUAAGUAUCUUAUUGACUGUGGAUCGGCUGUUAAUGUCUCUGUGGGUAAUCGUGUUUUUAUGGCUGAUAAUUUGGCUUCAAAGUUGCUUUCAACCCCACAAGUCAUUCUGGCUGAUUCUAAUAUGUCUUCAGUACCUGCCAGUUCUUCUAAUGAUUCCUCGCUGUUCAAAACGGCUAGAAUUUUUACAGGACCAUCAAAAUACAAGUUUCCAAUAAAGGCUGGAAGGCACUGGAUCCGUCUCUAUUUCUAUCCAUUUGUGUUUUCUGGCUUCAAUAUGAGUGCUGCAAAUUUUAGUGUUUCGACCCAAGAUUUCGUUCUGCUGCGAGAUUUAGUUGCAGGGAAGAAUCCUAUAGUCAAAGAAUUCUCUGUGAACAUAGCAUCAGAUACUCUUGAAGUUAUCUUUGUUCCUGUCAAUGGCUCCAUUUCAUAUGUGAACGCCAUCGAUGUUACUUCUGUUCCCGACAUUGUCAUUGUUGAUGAAGCCGAUUUGUUAGAGCCAUCCGGUAAAUUUCAAGGGCUGUCUAGCCAGGCAUAUGAGACAAUUGCUAGGGUUAAUAUGGGUGGGCCGAGCGUCGCUCCUGAUAAUGAUCCUCUUACGCGAAGUUGGGUCUCUGAUGAAGGCUUUCUAGUGAAUAAGAAUUCUGCAACAAGUUUCUCUAACAUUGCAGCUGUUACAUACAGUGCUGAAGGGGCAGCGCCAGAGAUUGCUCCAAAUGUUGUCUACGGUACGCUCACUGAGAUGAACUCGAAAGAUGAUCCAAACAGCAAUUUCAAUGUGACAUGGAAGUUUAAAGUGGAUCCUGAGUUUCAGUAUCUUGUUCGGUUUCACUUCUGUGACAUUGUGAGCAAAUCUCUACACCAACUUUAUUUCAAUGUCUACAUUGAUUCUUGGCUGGUUGCUCGGGAUCUAGAUAUCAGUGUUCCUCUUAACAAUGUUCUGAGCACUGCAUACUAUAUUGACUCUGUAACAGGAGUGAUCAAGAGUGACAUUCUUCAUGUGAGUAUUGGCCCAGCAAGUAUAGCCAAUGUGUAUCCGAAUGCCAUUCUAAAUGGUCUGGAAAUCAUGAAAAUGAACAACUCAGUUGGCAGUCUGAGUGGGGAAGACUCUGUAAUUAGUUUUCCAGAUACGACUUCUUCAAGUAAGCACAUUGGCGUUAUUGUGGGUGUGAGUGUUGGGGCAUUUGUUGCAGCUAUAUCGGUUGUGAUUCUUUUUAUGCUACACAGACGAAAAAGAAAGGGAAUGCAUCAAGCUCCAUCAAAAACGUGGAUUUCAAUAUCCACAGCUGGAGGAAUGUCACACACUAUGGGAAGUAAAUACUCAAAUGGCACAAUCACAAGUGCUGCUUCCAACUAUGGAUAUCGCAUACCUUUUGCAACAGUUCAAGAGGCUACGAAUAACUUUGAUGAGAGCUGGGUUAUUGGUAUUGGUGGGUUCGGGAAAGUAUACAAAGGAGUUUUAAAUGAUGGCACCAAAGUUGCUGUGAAGAGGGGUAAUCCACGUUCCCAACAAGGAUUGGCAGAGUUUCAAACUGAAAUCGAGAUGCUAUCACAGUUCCGUCAUCGUCAUCUUGUUUCAUUGAUUGGGUACUGUGAUGAAAGGAAUGAGAUGAUACUGAUUUAUGAGUACAUGGAACAGGGGACCCUGAAGAGUCAUCUAUAUGGUUCUGAUUUCCCUAGUUUGAGCUGGAAGGAGAGAUUAGAGGUCUGCAUCGGUGCCGCUAGAGGACUUCAUUACCUCCACACUGGUUAUGCUAAACCGGUUAUUCAUCGUGAUGUGAAGUCUGCGAAUAUUUUACUCGAUGAAACUCUAAUGGCAAAGGUUGCUGACUUUGGGCUUUCAAAGACUGGACCUGAAAUUGACCAAACCCAUGUCAGUACAGCUGUCAAAGGAAGUUUUGGGUAUCUUGAUCCUGAAUAUUUCAGGAGGCAACAACUGACUGAGAAAUCAGAUGUUUAUUCUUUUGGAGUUGUUUUGUUUGAAGUCCUUUGUGCAAGACCUGUCAUAGAUCCAACCCUUCCUAGAGAAAUGGUAAACUUAGCUGAAUGGGCAAUGAAAUGGCAGAAGAAAGGGCAGUUGGACCAAAUCAUUGAUCCUACUUUAGUAGGAAAAAUUAGACCAACUUCUCUUAGAAAGUUUGGAGAAACUGCUGAAAAAUGCUUGGCUGACUAUGGGGUUGAUAGGCCAUCUAUGGGGGACGUGUUAUGGAAUUUGGAGUAUGCGCUUCAGCUACAAGAAGCUGUCAUUGCAGUUGAUCCUGAAGAUAACAGUACGAAUAUGAUUGGUGAGCUCUCUCCACAAAUUAACAAUUUCAACGACGUUGAGGCAGGUGUUUCUGCCACACGGUUCGACAUUCCGGGUGUGGAUGAUCUCUCUGGAGUCUCAAUGAGUAGGGUAUUCUCUCAGCUGGUGAAAUCUGAGGGUAGAUGACCUGAUGUUACUCUAGCGUUAGACGAUCCAGUUGAUUCUUAUAAAUGAUUUAAUCCACUCCCCAUAAACUACUCUCAACCCCAUAAAAAAUCGAAGUGAAGAGUGAUGUUUCUGAUCUUUUGGUCCGACGCAGCUGAAUAUGAGGUGUUUUGUAUACUUCAGGCAAUGACGUCCGUUUAAACAACAUUCCUUGCUUCAUUGGAUAUAAACAUGCUAGUCUCUAGUUGGUUUUUUUUCACAUCAAAUAGCCAUUUUUCCCUUACAGAGGGAGGAGCCAAAAUCAAACCAAAAUUUCAGGAUUUCUUCAAUGUCAAACUACAUGUAACAUACUGGGUUCUUUUCUUGUACAGAAGGGGCUUUGUGCAGGUGAGUCUAUGCAAUAUCCAUCAAACAUGUUACUUCUUUACGAACAAGGUAGUUCGCAUCUCCAUUACCGAUUGAUUGCGAUUUACAUCUCUUCAUCGAACAUAAUCGUUUUUCUUUUGCCACUAUUUCGUGUUUGUCUAGUAUCAUUGAGACAUCUAGUCUUUUAAUGUUUCUUACUUAGCUGAGCACCCUGUCAAUGAUCAUGGUGGUCAUUUUUUUCCCCAUAAAAACCGGUGUCAAGGCGCUUUGUAGUUUGUUGUGUAUGUUUUUAGCUCUGCAAUUUAGGUCAAUUCUUCAUCUUGAUAUUGUUUUCUUUGUGAGAAUCUGAAUAUUUCAACUAUGUAAUGAACAGCCGCGCAUUCUUGUGUUUCAUGUUCCAA